GCCAGUCAGGAUGCUGAUGUUGAGAGUUGCGUGGGCUCUAGCGGGAGCGGCUAUCUGCUGUUUCCUCAUUAUCCUCAUCCACUCGUGCUUCUUAAGAGACGGUCAGUUGGCAGCAGGCACCUGUGAGAUUGUCACUCUAGAUAGAGACAGCACUCAGCCACGCAGGACAAUCGCCAGACAGACAGCCCGCUGUGCAUGUAAGAAAGGACAGAUCGCUGGGACAACAAGAGCCAGGCCGGCCUGCGUAGAUGCUCAAAUCGUGAAGACCAAGCAGUGGUGUGAGAUGGUGCCAUGUUUGGGGGAUGAAGGCUGCGACCUGUUAAUAAACAAAAAAGGCUGGACUUGUACACAGCCCAGUGGCAGAGUAAAAACUACAACGCUUGAUCUGACUGUGAAUUUGGCAAGAGUCGGUAAAAAGUUCUUCAGCUGA